UUGUGGAAUUUACACAGUAACCGCAUCGUCCGUGCGGGUUCAUUUCUUAUUCUCCCGCAAUAGAGGCAUCAUCAAUUACCCUCCCGUGAUGUCAUUAUCAGCGCGUCAUUGGACCCUGCGGCUGCCCUCGCUCAGGUCGUCCGUAUUGCGACGCCAGAAGCAGCAACAAAACCUCAGGGCCUCGCAUCUCGUCCCGUUUCCAAUUGAGUUUGUCAAACAAAAGACCAUCCCAGCAGCGCCUUAACCGUCAAGAUCCAUCCCGGCAUCCAUCUCACCACGCUCCAUCUACACGACAGAUCCGCCUCCGCCUCCGUCUCCGUCUUCGUCUUCGUCUUCGUCUUCGUGCCGCCACCACCACCAUCACCACCACUGCAUCCACUCCUCCGCCGCCAGCAUGACGAAGCAGGCGGAAACCAACUCGACCCAGAAGACGGAAAACAGCAGGGACGAGGACUGGAAGACCCAGGCCCCCUAUGUGCCCCCCGGCGAGUCACACCCCCACGGCGACAGCUUCCAGAAGAAGAUCCGCGGCGCCUGCCAGUGCGGCCAGGUCUCGUACUGGCUGCAGAAGGACAAGCCGCUCGCCUCCAAGUACUGCCACUGCAAGGACUGCCAGAAGAUGCAUGGCGCCCCAUUCCAGUGGGCCGCCAUCUUCCACAAGGAGGACCUCGCCUUCGACAAGGGCGUCGACGGCCUCGCCUUCUACUCCUCCGGCAAGAACCUCCAGGGCCACGACCUGCCCUGCAAGGUCAGCUGUGGCUUCUGCGGCAGCCGCAUCAUGGACGAGGGCCGCAACAUGGUCCUCAUCUUCCCCGGCCUGCUGCACUUUGACGGCGAGCGGAAGCGCGACAACUUUGAGGUCCAGAUGCACAUAUUUUACGGCCAGAGGGUCGUCGACUUGCCCGACGGGAAGCCCAAGUGGAGCGGGCUGGACGAAAAGAGCGAGCCGAUUGAGGAGCAUGUCGUCGAUGUCAAACACAAGAAGCAAAAGACGGGCAAUGGUGACGAAUAA